AAUUAUUCAGUGCCAUGAUGGUUUUAAGUGAUCGUCAGAAAGAGUCUAUUAAGGCAAUGGGUUUCGGGGGCUUGUUAGGUCUGAGUGUCAAUGGGAUUCCUGAGAAGUUAGCCUUCCAUGUGGUGGAUAGUUUUGAUGCGAAGUCGAUGACGUUAAACAUAGGUAACGCCAGCCUGGUGGUUGACGCGGGGUUGAUUAGCAAAUUGUUAGGGAUACGAAACACAGGUUUGAGGUUUGCUGAUGUCGAGGUAGCCAAGACGCUUCCUCCAUCGUUGAAGGCGUGGCGGGCACGCUUCCCACCAACAACUUACGUAGCCCCUUCACUGAUUUCGGCCGAAAUACAGAAGGACACCUAUUCGGACAUGGCGUUUUUUCGUACCGAUUUUGCCUUGCUUUUCCUCACUGCGAUGGGCAGUUCACAGCAGAACGGUUAUGUCAAAGACAAGAUUUUGAAGCGUUUGACAGCGGAAACAAGAUACGAAGAUUACAAUUGGUGUGAAUUCAUUAUCGAGUGUUUGAGGAAGUGUAAGAAAAAAUGGAGGCCAUCGGACCCCAAGUGUUGCUGGGUUGGGCCGUUGACGGUCCUGACGUUGUUGUAUGUAAACUGCACGCAGCAGCCAGCGUGUGACAACUCGAACUUAAGACUCACUUUAAUGUAA